AAAAAAUCUUUUUAAUUAUUAUUAUUAUUUAAUUAUCCGCGUGUCUUUCUGCUAAAUAAUGUAAAAAAAGUCAGACGCAACGAUAUUUCAAUCGACGGAUAGUGGCAUUAUCGUAUUUAUUUAUUUAUAAGUAUCGAGAGCUCCUUUAUCGAAGAGCUGUUCACUGUCGCGCAACUUCAGGCAGUGCCCGAUAUGGGGCACUACUCUGCAAAUAACCUUGCAGUAUCGCUGCUGAUGUAUAGUGUUAAUUGAGAAUCACCUGGAUGAUUUAACUAAUUCUAUCGAGAAUUCCUCCGUGCGUCGACGGUGUCGGGUACCUGUACCCAUACAGGAACGAAAAAGGGCAAUAUAUAUUAUCCAGCGGCUGCAGAUCGUGCACGAUCAUCAUCGCGACGUGUCACGGGCACCUGGUAAAACGGGAAACACGGGUAUGCGACGACCAGCGAACGAGAUGGAGACCCACGAGGGGGAGCAGUACGUGACAUUUCCCCUCGCCGAGGUGCACGAUGUCAUAGAGGAGAACAUGAUAUCUCACGAGGAGGUAUGCGAGCCUGUCAACGAAUGCGUUCUCCAGGAAGGCCUUGCGGAGGUCACGGUCGGUAACACUGCCACUGUUGACAUCGUGGAGUCACAGGGUACCGUCGAGAUCCUUGCGGAACAGUCAGAAGAGGAAGAUGACAAUCAAGUGGUAUAUCCGAUGUAUAUCAAGCAAGAGGAACAGCAGCAGUAUACGUCGGGUGACGACGAGUCCAUGGCUGUGGAAGCUCUGCGUCAGCUGGGCGGUAUGUAUCCAUGCUUCGAGGAUAAGAAGAUCAGUUGUCCGAUCUGUAAGCGUCUCUUCACCCAAGAGGAUAUGGUUGAACAUCAGUCUGUGUGUCAGUCGUCGCCUAAAUUAUCCUGCACCACUUGCGGGGAGAGAUUUGAGAGAAAGAUUGACUUGAAUAACCACAUGGUUUGUCAUCAAGUGGAUCGUCCUCAUGCGUGUAGAACGUGCGGCAACUUGUUCCGUUCCAAGACCAGUUUGCAGGCACACAUGCUACAGGCGCACAUGCAUCACGUCGAACGGCCGCACAAGUGUACCAUCUGUGGCUCCGACUUCCAGAGGCCUUCCAGCUUGUCCAACCACAUGAAGAUACACACGUACGUCGCGGGACGAGCCAUCAUGCAAUCACAGGGUAAUAAUAUGUCUCAAUCGGUGGAGACAUUUAGAAAGUGGCCGGAAAACGCGUCUGAUUCGCAGAACGCUUCUCAGAUACCAUCUUCUUCGUCUGUCCAGUCUAUACAGAACUACGAAGUAUGUCAAGUUCAAUGGCCGGUCUCGUCAUACAAUUUCAGCAGCGAACAAUCGAUAGUUACCACAAUGCCGAAUCACCAGGAUGCCAAGAUGGAUACGCUGCAAGAGUUUACGGUAAUGCCCAAUGGUGAAGUGGCGCAAUUUAGCGAGUACACCGAGCAAAAUAAUAUCAGCGAUUCGGUCAAUAACAGUCAACAGUAUGACAUAACGAUAAAUUCAUUCAACACUCCCGACGGAAUAGUCAAAGUCGAGACGCUUUACAGAUAUAACAGUACGAAUAAAAGAGAUUACGGGGAAGCUGAAGUAAACAACAGUAAGCAGUACACGUGUAAGCAUUGCGGAGUCAAUUUUUCACGCGCGACCGCGUUGGCGUCUCACGAGAAGAUUCAUGCCUCCAAGACCUGGAAUAUGCCGAUCGAGUGCGAGUACUGCGACAAGCAGUUUCAGGACGGCAAUCAUUUGGCGAACCACCAGAUCACGUGCGCCAAGAAAAUAAUGCAGAACAACAUCGAGCAAGGUAUGCCUAACAAUAAAUGGGGCAAGCACGCUUGCUCGGAAUGCGGGAAGAAAUUUACCACGAAGCAGAAGAUGUUUCGCCACCAGUGGAUCCAUCGCAAAAAGACUCACUCGUGCGAGGUUUGCGGCUCGCAGUUUGAGAAGCAGAACGAGCUGGAUGAGCACAGAUUGUCGGCGCACCCCGGAGACUCGCCGUUUACUUGCACCGACUGCGGAAAGAGCUUCGUUUCGCGACAAGGCCUUUGGGAGCACAGCAGAACGCAUGCCGGUAGUCCGGCCCAUUUUCAGUGCGACACCUGCUCGAAAACGUUCUCGUCGCGCCAGGGAUACUUAAUACACAAUCGUACGCAUACCGGUGAACGUCCGUACGGCUGCAAAUUCUGUUGGAAAGCGUUUCGAGACGGCGGAACUUUGAGGAAGCACGAGCGGAUUCACACGGGGGAGAGACCGCACGUGUGCCCGUUGUGCUCGAGGGCUUUUAAUCAGAAGGUGGUCCUGCGCGAGCAUGUUCGAUGGGUCCACGCGGCGGGGAAAAACGAGACGGAAGCGAGCAGUCCUCCGUAUCAGUGUCCGCUUUGCGGUGCUCUCAAUCAGGAUCGCGACGAGCUCUGCGCGCACAUAGUCAAGCAUUCGGAUCAGAUGAUAGCCGAGGCAAAAGCGAAAACUAACAACGACACCUCGCCGAAGUCGAAGCCAACGAAGAAGAAAUCGUCGAAAUCGGGCGGCACGAACGCGCAGACGAAGCAGAACGUUUUGGACUUUAUUCCGAAGACGGAGCAAAACGAAGCCUUAUUGUCCAUCACAGAUCCAUCCGACAAAUCGGACGAGAUGCAUGUUUUAAAUGAGAAGCAAAACAACGCGUUUGUCGUGGUCACUACGGAGAAACGUAGCGACGGUUUCAUAGCGAUAUCUGAGCUCAAGCACAGCAACAUACGGUUUAUCGUGGAUGGUAAGGAAGAUGAGAAUAUUCAGGUGCUUCGAGUGGAACAAGAUCACAGGGAUUCUCUCGAUAUAAUUGCCAUAGACAAACAAAACGACGCGGCGAACAUCGUGUCCACAGAAUCCGUGGACGACGCACUCGAUGAAACAGUCAGGCAGGAUGACAUGUCCACGAUGCACUUGAUUCAGUCUCCUAAGCAGGACAACACUCUAAAUAUCAUCUCGAAACAGAACGAAUCGCUGCCCGUUCUAACGAUACCAAAUCCGCAGGGUCACGAGAAUUACUCCAGUCAGAUCGUACAGAUAAGCGGUGCGGAUAUAUCUAUGAACGUUGUGACUGAACAAGACCUGAAGGAGGGAAAUAAUCAUAUCCAAGACGAGCAGGAUUCUUUAAUGUCGGACGAAACGUCGCAUGUUAUUGUACAGUAUCAGCAGCACGACAGCGACGAUGGAGAUGAUUCAGAUGAUUUUGUCUGCGGUAUCUGCGAGGAGAAAUUUGAUGGCAAAACUACGUUGAAGGAGCACAUCAAGAUACACAUAUAAUUAUCAUUUCCACUUUGUUGUUCGCAUAUUGCUUGUGAUAUUUCACAUGCUAUUAAUAUGACUAGAAAGUAAUGAAUACAUGCAUAAUGAAUGGAGUAAUCCUUUACUAGAUGACUUAAAUUGCACAGGAUUUAUUUGUAAUCCGUAUACACAAGUAACAUUCUAAACAAGUGUCUAAUUUCUAGAAAAAUAUGUAAGUAAAACAAGAUGUUGACUCUAAUAUAAAGUUAAUGUACAUAAACCUAAUUUACAAUACACAUUUUAAUUAGUUACGCAAGUUAAACAUAUAUUUAUUAAAAUGUGUUGUGUUUUCAUAUGUAGUUAAUUUCAGAAUUAACUACAUAUGUUUACUUGUUUUUUUUUUAGAAUAUAUACUAUGAAAUUGUUCAGCAAAUUAUGAAGUAGAAAUUACUUUUUAAAUGUUUUAUUAUGCAAGUAUAUAUUUGUAUAAAGAAAACAAAAUCUGUUUCUGCAAUAUAACGGCUUACUGUAAUUUCAUAGGGAUUAAUUCUAACUUUUCUUCACUACUGAACGAAAAAUCAUGAAUGUUAAGAUAGCUUUAGAUGGUUGUAAGAAAUAUUUGGUUCUUUCCUUUUUGCCAUCCUGCUAAACUAUAUUUAUAUUAAAUUGAUAAUAAAUUCUAAUUAUACUUA